AUGUUUCGUCGCUUAAGUUUAGUUCCAUUUAUUUCAUAUUUGCAUCAGAUGUGCCCCAGUUGUGUAGCACAGCGACAGACGCUGCACCACAGUCCUACCCUACUCGCCCCAUCAGAUGUCAGCAAAGAGUUAGCCGAUGAUCUGUACAAAAUUAUCAAUAACGAUCGCAUCGUGCUCUUCAUUACAGGUACCCCAGAGGAACCCCGCUGUCGCUUCACGGUGCGGCUCAUCGAUCUUGUAAACCAACUUGGUCUCGAGUACGUGUAUUUCAACAUACUACAGGAUGACGAAGUCUGCGAGGGAUUGAAAAAGUAUAGUGAUUGGCCAACCUAUCCUCAAGUCUACAUCGACGGUGAGCUUCUUGGUGGCUAUGAUGUGAUUAGGCAGAUGAUGCUGGAUGGCAGUUUAGUUAAAUGUUUAAACGAAAAGAAGCUUUUAUAAUCGCCACACCUUUAUAAAAAGAAAACUAAAAGGUGAAGGAUCGAGGGCACGAAACCUUAACCCUCUGUAUCGUACAGGUGCUAAUAUAUAUAUAUAUAUAUUUAUAAAUAUACAAACAUAUUUCGAGCUAUAAAUGAAGGCUUAUUUAAAACUAUAAGCGACGAAAUUAUCUUACUGUUCAUCGGUGUUCUGGAAUUUCUCCCGUCGUAACAUUGCUUUGAUCAGUACGGGAUAACGAAUACAACGAGAUUCGCAAAGGCAA